AUGACAGUUACAAACAAAUGCUCGUUCACGGUGAGACCGCCUGCUAUGUUCACCGAUAUGAGCAUUGCCGGAAAUACAGCGCCCGAUUAUCCGACGGGCUGGGAAGCUCCGAGCGGCAACAGCGUUACCUUCGAUUUGCCUGACAAUUGGCAAGCCGGACGUAUUUGGGGUCGCCGGGACUGCGAUUUCAGCACGGACCCCGGACCAAACUCUUGCUUGACUGGCGGCUGCAACGGUGGCCUCGAAUGCGCUACCACUGGAGGCACUGGCGUUCCUCCGGCGACAGUUGCCGAGUUCACCUUCGACGGUACUAACGAUAACUACGACGUUUCGCUCGUCGACGGAUACAAUCUCCCCAUGCGCGUUGACAACACCGUCGGUUGUGGUGUUCCCAGUUGUCCGGUGGACCUCGCCCCAAACUGUCCCUCCGCGAUUGCAGGACCGUUCGACUCUACUGGAGCAGCGGUGGGCUGUAAAUCUGCCUGCUUUGCCAACCUCGAUGGGGACCAAGCAAACAGCCCGAACUGCUGCAGCGGGCAGUACGGCACGGCCGCGACCUGCCCGUCCAGCAGUGUUCAAUGUGAAUAUGCAUACGACGAAAGCAGCGGCACUGCCCUCUGGAAGUGCGAUGGAAGUCUCGAGGCUUCGUACACUAUCACCUUCUGCCCAUGA